GUCGUCAUUCCCGAAAAUUCGCUUCGCACAUAACGCACUUUCGUCAUCUUCAAACACGCAAAAUGGCCGUCGUAGCCACACCCGACUGCUGCUUCCAGGAGCUGCAAUCUGCUCUCGCCCAGGCCAAAGCGCAGGUCGUAGCCACCACCAACGUGGUCGAGAAGCGGGCUGUGCGCGCCAUGAAGAAGCGGCUACAGGAUCGCCUGUACCAGCGCAAACACCGCGCUAAGCGCGAAUACAAGAUCCGUUCGCUCGAGCAUGAUGUACAGACACUGGAGACCAAGAUCGCGCGUCUGUACUUGGAUCUGAAUCGUCGCAAAGCUGCGGUGGCAAACGCCGAGACGCAACGGCAGCAACAGCUGCAACGUCCGAACGGGUCGCUGCAGGACCACGCCCGGUCGCUCGUCAUGCAGUUCUUCCGCGUGUACCAGAACGGCUACUCGUUGCCGUUCUCAGGACUGCAGGAGCGCUUUCUACGCUCUAUUCUAACUACGGACGUUGAGGGCGUCGACCUCCGCGGAGCCGACGCCUUCGUACAGCAGUGGCGCCUGUACGACCAGCACUUCGCUCAGUACGUGCUGGAACCGCAGAUCUGGAAGACGCAGGACGUCGGCGACCAGUGCGUCAUGGUGGAGGUCGAAGUCAUGCUCUAUCUACGCUGCCAUCGCCAGACCAUCGGGACGUUGUUCCCGAGACUCAAGACGGGUCAAGUGGAUCCGGAGCUCGUGCUGCCACUUGUGACCGGCACCACCGCUGUCGCGGGCACGUACACGUUUGUGGUGGAUCGCACGGGCCACGUGAGCAAUCUAUUGGUGAACCUACAGUUGCUGGAGACGCUCCGAAGGGUGCUCGGUUCGCUGCAGAACGUGGUACAGCUCACAGACGGCGGCCGCAUUGCACUCGACAGCGGCACCAUCACGAUCGCGUAGAGCACAGAUGCUGGAUACAGCUCGGAGUAUAUGUAGUAGAGUCACACACUCGAAUCAACACGUUGAAAUUGUCGUU